GGUUCCUGGCCCCCUAGGACCACAAAGCAACGCUGAAAGAGUGAUGACAAAUCACCACCAUACUGUACAUUGCGUUGUUUGCUGACCGAUGUUGCUUUUGCUAUCGCAGUCCCACACCUGUCACUGUGUGAGUGACGGUGUCAGCUUUGGUGGUGUCUUUCUGCAGCGAGAAAGUCACAUUGAAAAGGAAGUCACCUUUAUGACACGAAAGAAGUAAAAGACGAGGCCCAAAGCAGCCGAAGACUGCUAUUUGCAGCAGCAAGUCGUGUAGCUACAUGUAGAUCUACCAUGAUCACAGACACAGGUACUGAGCCUGAGGUAGCUAUGAUGUACCGGUACGUAUACUUCAAUGCGAAGUAGUCAACAUUUGUAACAGAUCGUAGCGUGACGGUGACCAACAUACAAAGGAGGUGCUCACGGAUGCAAUGUCUGAGUACCAGUUUUCGGAUUGCUUGGACGACCUUCCCAGGCUACAGCGAAGCAAGCCUCUUGUUGCUGCCAAUUCUCGGCCCUCGUAUCUCCGCACCAAUAAUCUUGAAGCUGACCAAUCGAAGCUCAAGUCACUCGACCUCGAUGUAUACUGGAAGGAGUUUGAAGUUGUUCGAGAGUCUACGGCUGAGGCAUCAGCAUCAGAGGAGACAGAUGAAGCACACAAUGAGCCACCACCAGGUGGUGUAGAUAGCUGCGAUGAGGAGAAAGCAUGGCUCAUGCAAGCUGGCCUUGGUGAAGUUGCCUCCCAACUGCAAGAUAAUCAAAUUGUCGAUAUUGACAACGUCAAGAAAGAAACAAGCAAGCUCAAUUUCACUAACCAACAGACAGCGGCUGUAGUGCGUCGAGUGACGCGUGCCAAUACAGCGAUCCAGAAGUGGAAGGCGAAAACGACGGGCCUGCAGGACAGCGGCAAUUCUCGGAGUAAUUCUCGGCUGACGCCUGGAGAACCUGGUAGUCCGGAAGGAGGUGGGGCCGAGCUUGUCCUUACGCCGUCGGGUGAUAACUUAAUGGACGAAGACGGCGACUUCCUCAUCUACGGAUACGAGACGGAAUCAGCACGAGACUUUGUGACUCUGCGAGCGGACCCGGCAGGCAUAUCCAUGAUUGAGGACUUCAGCGCGGAUGAUUGUACGAACCUGCGGCGCAUUGCACUGAUUGAGCUGACUGCUGUACUGGACAAGUUCAACAUUUCCGUCCGGCCACUGCGGCAUCGGAAAGUGAAAAAGAACGUCUCAUCAAAUGAACAUGCCAUACUAGGUGUACCGCUCACGACGCUACUGGAACGAGAUCAACUCGUGGAUCCGAGCGCAAGGAUCCCGUUCUUCGUAACGCAGAUCUGUGAAUUUAUGGAGGAGAAUGGCUUGGAGAAGGAGGGAAUCUUCCGCGUACCAGGGAACUCUGCAAAGCUCAAGAGAUUACGAGAGGAGAUGGAAUCGGGCCCGAUCCGCUCGUUUUCCUGGGAAGGUCGGGGAGUGAAUGACGCUGCCACUUUCCUCAAGCAGUUUUUGCGGGAGCUGCCCAUUCCUCUUCUAACGUUUGAGUACCUUAGUCUAUUCACAGUUGCCGAGAAUCUGAAAUCCAGAAAACUUCAGCUCAAGGCAUUCAACUUGUUACUGAUUCUUAUACCCGAUGUUCACCGCGAGGUUUUAAAGCGGCUCCUCGAGCUAUUCAAUAAGGUAAUAGAUCACGAGGAGAGGAACAAGAUGGGUGUCAACAACGUUGCCAUGAUCGUCGCCCCCAAUUUGUUCUGCAAGCUGGAGCAGAUGACUGGAAACGCCGAGGCAGAAGUCAGAUUUGCCGCCGGCUCUUCGCAUGCGGUCCGCUUCCUGAUCACGUUUGCGCCGAUUCUGUUUGCGGUUCCCAGUUACAUGGUGAGGCAGCUGCGGCAGCUAACAGACGUAGAAGGCAUCAAGGGGAGAAAGCCCAAAUCAACCAAAGAGGUACAGCGGCUCUUGAAGAAGGAGGCGAAGCGAGAGAAAAGUUAUUCAGGCAACUCCCUAACUGAAUAUCGAUCUUCGUUUGAUGGCAUUGAUGGACCUUCUAACGAAUCCGCAACAAGUUGUGUAAUCAAGGUCUUAUCGCCAGAGUACCUGAAGGUCAGUAUGGCUAUGGAGAUCCAUGACGGCAUGACGGCCAGUGGAGUGCUGGACCUCUUCAAGAAGAGACAGACAGGUGCGGGGAGUGACACAGAAUGUGACAACAAUUCAGGUUCGGAAGAGCCAUUGGAUCGGUUGCAACAGCAUCUCUUCCCGACUUCGCCAUUAGGAUCAAGACAGCACUCACCGCGCUCAUCCGUCUCGUUGCAGUGCGACCCAAGACAGUAUCGGUCACGUACGGGCAGUGUUUCACUCGCCGAGACAGUCACGGGACUCUGCGAUCAGCUAGCCGAUGCAGACCUUUACGAGUCUGGCGGCAAUGUCCAUGAGCGCAAGCUUCGGGCAGACUUCGACAUCAUGGCCAUACGUCGUAUCAACCCCAGCGCCCAGUGGGUGAUCAGAAAGCGGCAGCGAUCUCCCGUCAACACGUGACAUGCUGCUGAGACCCGAACAACAGAGCCAGGUGCUUUGCAUUGAUAUUUUCUUUUCUUAUAGACCAAUUGCACAUACUAUUGCUGAGCACAAUGAGAUUUAGGUAAGUCACUACGUUGCUGUCUGUCUCCUAUCAUUUUGUUUUGUCUCUCAUACGCAAAACUCUUUUAUCUCUGGCUUUUCGACCCCAUCAUAAAACUGUAGUCGUCUAUUCAUGAGAAACCUUGACAUCUGCUAUAUGGAGAAGUACAGAGCUAGGCGAAGCCAUCUUAUUUCGACUUAUUUGAGCUCCGGUGAGUGUGAGCCCUGCCGCUGCGGGUGCUCGUGCUCCACUCCUAGCUAUGGCUCCCAUCAACUUUUAAUUUAUUCUGUAGCACGUAAAUUCCCCUCCCAGCACGGACCGGACACCGUAUUAGAAUUUGGAAAAUUCAUCGCCCGCCUAGUUCCGACUGUUGAGUGUGUUAUACAGUUCUAUUAUUACUACUUUGACGUACCUCUUAUUAAUAAAUCAAACUAAUUAUUAAAUUUAUCGCUAGGAUUUCUCCAGUGGACAGACCACUCCUUUCCUCUUACUAUUUCCUCUUCUGGAAGCCCUGUUGAUUCGCCAUGUUAUAGUCUGUUAGAUACUUUAUCAUCCUGUUUGCCUCUCACUCAAGACUUAUGAGUGGAGCUCCAAACCGGCAACUAUAGUAUAUUGUUAUUCGAG